AUGCAAGUAAGGGCCGAAGUUGGAUUACCAAACUAUGCUUCAAAUGGAAUGGGAAUAUGCGAAUUGAGAAAGGACAAAAGUGAAGAUAAUAGAGAAGGAAAGCAAAAAAUACCAUUUCCGAAAUUUUACGUGCUUGUUAAUUUGCCUGAUGAUGACGAGAUAGUAGAAAAACAGACCAGGCGAUGCGUUUCCAGAAAAGAUAUACAGAUUCCUGCGAACGCUAUCAUCAUUGAUCUCACAAAAAUCGAUAAAGAACCGGAAAAUCGAACUGAGAAGAUCGAGGUGAUCGAUCUAACGGUUGUUGAUGAAGAUGCGGAGAAACCAUCUCGUAUCACAGAGGAUAAAAAAAUCAUUGAAACCGCUAAAUCGAUGAUUCCCGAAAUCAUCAAUGACGUAUUAAGAGUCAUCUUUAAACAUGUUAUCGAUGAUAUAUUCGAAAACAUACUUAAAGAUGAAACCGUGGGAAAGGAAGCUAGAAGUAUCAUGUGUACUGACAGAAGAUUCAACAUCCUUUUCGCCAAUGUUUUCUUUAAAGAACUCAAUUACUAUGUCAAAAAAAUGAGAGUUUUUGAAACUUUAUCCGAAGAUGAGAUAACCUCUGAAAUCAAUGAUGUCGAAAACACAGAACUCUUAGAAUUACUCCCUAAAAUCAAAUUGUACAGAAGUGAAUUUCUACUGAGAGUUAUGACCAAAAAUAAAUCCUUUGAAAAUAUUUUCCUAAGAAACAAAGAUCAAGCUGCCACCGAGUACAUUUAUAUGAUAUUAGAAGACAUAAUGAUCAGAGACAAUUUUGACAGUCACAUAUUCGCCAUUAUUAAAAAGGUCUUUUCUCUCGAAGCACUCGAAAAAAAUGGAUUACAAGAUAUGUUACGAAAAAAUACUAAGAAAAAGUAA